UUUUAAACAUACUCCUCAUUUGAGUCUGGAGGCCCUUGUGAAAGUAAUCUGAGAGGAAAUUUCAGCCAUUUCUUUCAAACUGGAGUCCUGAUUGGGGCAGGGUGUAGGGGGCGGUGGUUGAGAGAGGAGAGAAUUCUCAUCCUCUCCUGAUAUUGCUGCCCUCUCCUGUCUCGGUUUAUGUAUAUUCUGUCCCUCUACUUCUAACCUCAGGAAGGAGUGGUAUUAAUUAUGAAGCAGAAGCAGGAGGUAGAAGGGAGGGAUGUGAAGUACUACAGGGGAUGUUUCUUCCGGGGGAGGGGACGCUAUUGAAAGAUUUCAGUGCUCAGUUCCUAAGACUAGGGGUUAGUGAGGAUCACCUACUGUGGCCAGCACUGCAUCUGGUAAGUGGAAAAGAUUGGGAGGAAGCUGUGCUUUCUAAGAGCCAGGAGCCCGCUUCCCUCCCUCCACUACCCUCAUGAUCCUUUCCAGCGUCACUCCCACUGGCCCCAGUGCUUUUGUGUAAAAAAGGGAGACCUGCUGCUUCUAUCUGUAGGUCUUACUGGCAUCUGCCUUUGUCUUCAGGAGCAUAGGGCAGAAAGUCUAGCCGGGUAUAAACUGCACCUAACCAUCUCCCAACCUAUCUGUCUAAAGAGAAGAGUCUUCUGCCCUGACGAUGUUUAAGGGUUUAAGACUCUUCUGCUCUACUAACUUCUCCACUUUCUGCCUAAUAUUAUUGGCUUGAGAAAGAGUAGGAGAAGGCCGCCGGGCUCUGAUUUGCAGGGGCAGGGUGGAUUUGCAAAUAGUUGGUCUGUGAGGCCACAGGGUGGCGCCAGAGAAAGGAAGGCCAGAAAGAAAGGAGCGCACACGGCUCCCGGAACUACAAUUCCCAGGAGGUCUUACGCGGACGCCGGGGGCGUGGCUGUCCUGGGGGCGGGGCCUGUGGACGGUAGCGUGUGGAGAGCUCGCUCGGCUUGGAUGGCGGGGCCGGUGAAGGACCGCGAGGCCUUCCAGAGGCUCAACUUCUUGUACCAGGCCGCCCACUGCGUCCUCGCGCAGGACCCGGAGAACCAGGCGCUAGCGAGGUUUUACUGCCACACGGAGAGGACCAUAGCGAAGCGGCUCGUACUACGGCGGGACCCCUCGGUGAAGCGGACUCUCUGCCGUGGCUGCUCUUCCCUCCUCAUCCCGGGUCUGACCUGCACCCAGCGCCAGAGACGCUGCAAAGGUCAGCGCUGGACUGUACAGACCUGCCUGACAUGCCAGCGCAGCCAACGGUUCCUCAACGACCCGAGGCAUGUGCUCUGGGGAGACCGACCCGAGGCCCAGCUGGGGAACCAGGCAGGAGAUGGUGGAGGACAGAGGAUCCUGGCGUGCUGCGGUCCAUGGGGUUGCAAAGAAUCGGACACGACUUAACGACUGAACAACAAUUGUCCCUUAUUGGAAAUUUGCAAUAUCUCAAUAGGAAGAUUUUUCCUCAAUAUAAGGGGAAAAGUCAAAUUGUAGAAAAAACCAGGAGGAAGAAGAGAGGAUAGUGGGCUCCGAUGCCAGAAAAUGGUUCACAAGAAACCUAAUACAAUUGAAAAAAGAAAAAUAAAAAGGAAAAGUGGCUUUCCUGAAGUUCCUCUGCAGUUGCUCUGGUCACAGAUUGUCGGCGUCCCUCGCCUAGAGUCCGCUCCUUUAGCGCCACCUUGUGGCAGCUCCAUCCCCCCGAUUAUGCUCUUAGCUGAGGUUGCAUCCCUGCCCUCAUUCCACCUAGCACCACUCAUUCCAAGUCCACAAAUACUUAGCACUCAAACCCAAUAUACCUAACAGUGCCUCAACUCAGGAGAUCCAAGUCCCUUGAAACCUCCGACUCAGAGUGGGCAGGCUUCUACCCGGUGCCACCCUGGUCUCCGGCUCAGCCUUCCCUGCCACCUUUUGUGGCUGCUUUGUCUCAGGCAUUUGACCCUGGCAGAGAUGCCAGGCACAGUGUGUGGCCACUGCCCUAGCUGAAACCGUCAUUAUCUGUCCCUGAGAUUUCUGCCAAAUUUUCCUAACACAUUUCUUUGCUUCCAGUCUUACUCUCCUCCAAAGGCACUGCCAACAAACAGAGAUAUUUGUAAAGCAAAAUGUCAUUUGAUCCUUCCUCUUAUAAUUUUCAGUGGCCCCCACAACCAUUUCUAGAAAACAUAGCUCCAAAUUGCAUAGUCUUGAAUACAUAUAUAGCAAAAGCUAUUGAUACGUAGUAUACAUCUUUAAAGCAUUUUAAUUGCAGAAAAUAUAUUCCGAAGUCAUAGUAAAUAAGACUGCACUGCAAUAGGAUGUCAAUAAUUUGCUUCCCUUUAACCAUUUUACUUACAAAUAAUUAAUCCUACCAGUAGCAGACUGAAUAAAGGCCCCUAAUCAUAUCUUAACCCCUGAAAACGGUAAAUAGUGCCUUAAAUGGUAAAAGGAACUUUGCAAAUGUGAUGAAGUUGAGGCCCUUGGGGGAGGGUAUCAUGAAUUUUCAGAGUGGGCCCAAAUGUAAUCAUAAUGGUCCUUAGCUAAGAAAGGAGGAGUCAGAGUCAGAAGAGAAGGCAAUGUGAUGAUGGAAGAUGAGAUUGAAGGGAUGUUGUUUGAAAGUGGAGGAAGGGCCUACAAAUCAAGAGACAUAGGCAGCUUCUAGAAGCUCUAAAAGGUAAAGGAAUGGAGUUUUCCUUAGAGUCUCCAGCGGGAACCAGCCCAGCUCACACCUUGACUUUAGCCCCCUGAAACUGAUUGUGGACUUCUGACCUCAAAACCUCCAGACAACAAGUGUGUUUGCCCCUAAGAUUUGGAAGACCCAACACAACUUUUCCAAUUCAAACAUGUGGUUCUGUUCUGACUGGAACAAUGAUCUUCCAGGAUCUUUUUUUUUUCCAGACUGUUCAGCACAAUUUAUUUCAAACAGACCAUGUGUUUCACUGUAGCUGGGAGCAGUCAAUUAAAGGGAUUAAAGGCAGAAAAGCUACUGCAGCAAAAAUAUUUUAAGUUUUUGUUCUUGUGCAGCUGUGCUUUCUCCACUUCUCAGAAAUCGGAAUUCCCUCACUCAACACUUUUUCUGGCUGUUGGAAUUGAAUGGAAGACCCUUCUUUUUCUCCUGUUGUUGUUCAGUCACUAAAUCAUGUCUAACUUUUUGCGACCCCAUGGACUACAACACACCAGGACUUCCUGUCCUUCACCAUCCCCCAGAGUUUGCUCUGAUUCAUGUCCAUCGAGUCAGUGAUGCCAUCCAACCGGCUCAUCCUCUGUAGUCCCCUUCUCCUGCCUUCAGUCUUUCCCAGCAUCAGGGUCUUUUUCAAUGAGUUAGUUAUUCACUUCAGGUGGCCAAAGUACUUCAGCUUCAGCUUCAGCAUCAGUCCUUCCAAUGAAUAUUCAGGGUUGAUUUCCUUUAGGAUUGAUUGGUUUGAUCUCCUUGCAGUCCAAGGAACUCUGAAGAGUCUUUUCCAGCACCACAGUUUGAAAGCAUCAAUGCUUUGGUGCUCAGCCUUCUUUAUGGUCCAACACUCAUAUCCAUACAUGACUACUGGAAAAACCAUAGCUUUGACUUAAACGAACCUUUGUCAGCAAAGUGAGGUUUCUGUUUUAAUACUUUGUCUAGGUUUGUCAUAGCUUUUCUUCCAAGGAGCAAGCAUCUUUUUCUCCUAUGUAUAUAUUUUUAAAAAGAAAUCCUAGGGUCACAGAUUUACAUAUUUUCAGUAGCUAUAUUAUGCAUAUGGUCUUAACAUCCUCUUUGAAAAAUCAAUUGAUCAUAAAUGUGAGAGUUAUUUUUAGACUCAAUUCUACUCCUAUUUUAUUCUUGGUGGUGGUAUUAUAAAUUGUUUUUUUGUUAAUACAUUUUUGGUUUAUUCACUGAUGCUAUAUAGAAAUACAAUAGAUUUUUGUAUGUUGAUCUUGCAUCCUGACAAUUUGCUGAACUUGUUUUUAAUUCCAAUGAUUUUUUAUUGUAUUCCUUUGGAUUUCUAUGCAUGGGAUCAUAUCAUCUGCAAAUGGAGAUAGUUAAUCUUCUUUCUUUCAAAUAUUGAUAACUUUAAUUGUCUUGCUCAUGGUAGUUUUUGUUUUGUUUUACUGGUUUUGUUUGGUGGGGUUGUUUAUUUGAUUUGUUUUGUUGCCAUGCCUCACUGCUUGUGAGAUCUUAGUUACCCAGUCAGGGAUCAAACCCGGGCCCUCAGCAGUGAAAGCACUGAGUCAUAACUGGACUGGUAGGAAUUCCCAUUGCUGUAGCUUUUUGAAAAUGAAAUCAUUCUAUUCAAAGUGCCCUGCUCUUUGCUGUUUUACAUGUACAGUAUCAUCCUGCCAGUGGUAUCUCAUUAUAAGUUGGACUUACAUUUCAAAUUGGACAUUGUGCCGGUGUCACAAAGUAAACUUUAAUAUGUCAUUUUUAACACUAUUCCAUAGUAUUAUAGCUUCCCUAGAGACUCUGAUGGUGAAGAGUCCACCUGCAAUGCAGGAGCCGAGGGUUCAAUCCCUGGGUCGGGAAGAUCCCCUAGAGAAAGGAAUGGCAACCCACUCCAGUAUUCUUGCCUGGUGAAUUCCAUGGACAGAGGAGCCUAGCAGGCUGCAGUCCAUGGAGUCACAAAGAAUGGAACACAACUGAGCAACUAACACUUUUAUUGUAUUAUGUUUGCAACUACUACCCUAUCAAUAAAUAUUUAGGAGGUUUCCUUUAUCACUACAGUAAAAGCUCUGUACAUACAUUCUUACACAUAUAUCCUUACACAGCCAUCCCAAAAUCUUUUGAUUUUACAUAAUACUAGACUGUGGUAAUUAAACUGAUGAUCUGACUGACGACUGACUGAAAUCCCAUUUCUGCUGUGUAUAACUUAAAAAUAAUAACUAUAGGACUUCCCUGGUGGUCCAGUGGUAAAGAAUCCACCUGCCAAUGCAGGGGACAUGGGUUUGAUCCCUGGUCCAAGAAGACCCCACAUGCUGCAGAGCAACUAACCCUUGAGCCAUAUCUACUGAAGCCUACACACCUAGAGCCCAUGCUCGUUAACAAGAGAGGCCACCACAGUGAGAAGCCCAUGCACUGCAAUGAAGAGCAGCCCCUGCUCACUGCAGUUAGAGAAAGCUUGAGCACAACAAUGAAGACCCAGCACAGUCAAAAAUUAGUUAUUUUUUAAAAACAGUAACUACAUUUGGAACUCAGGUUCUCUAGGCCCAGCUACACUUGAUCUUUCCCAGUCUCAGAGUUUUGCGCUCUGCCUACUUCUCUGUCCCUGAAAUCGCCCUUGUUCUACAAUGGCACCCCACUCCAGUACUCUUGCCUGGAAAAUCCCAUGGGUGGAGGAGCCUGGUAGGCUGCAGUCCAUGGGGUCACAAAGAGUCGGACAUGACUGAGUGACUUCACUUUCACUUUUCACUUUCAUGCAUUGGAGAAGGAAAUGGCAACCCACUCCAGUGUUCUUGCCUGGAGAAUCCCAGGGACGGGGGAGCCUGGUGGACUGCCGUCUAUGGCGUCGCACAGAGUUGGACACGACUGAAGCGACUUAGCAGCAGCAACUGCAGCCCAAGAAGUGGUCUGGUCCUCUAGUCCUUGUUCUACCACUUGUUAGUUUACUUGCAUUGCUGGAGAUGGGAAAUAAGGAUUUUUAUCUGCAUUCACUUCAAAUCUGGUUAUCAAAUCUCAAUACCAAACAUAGCUCACACAAGUUGAACUGAAAACAUGUUUGUUUUUCUCUUGCCACUACACCCAUCAUUAUACACUUUUUCAUACCUUAGACCUACUCAAAGAUUUGUAACCGUUGUCCAGAUGGGGUAAAUUCCUGGGCAUCCAUGCUAUGUCAUCUCAGUCAUGUCUGACUCUUUGAAACUCCGUGACUGUAGCCCGCCAGGCUCCUCUGUCCAUGGGAUUCUCCAGGCAAGAACACUGAAGUGGGUUGCCAUGCCCUCUUUUAGGAGAUCUUCCAGAGAUUGAAUACACAUCUCUUAAGUCUCCUGCAUUGGCAGGCAGGUUCUUUACCAUUACCUCCAUUUGGGAAACCCCUGGGCUCCUCACACCCUACCAAUCCAGUCCACCUUCUACCUUAGGAAUAUGUUCCUGCCAGACCAGGCUCCUUGGUAUUCCCCAUUCCUUAAUUGUAUGUGCUUCUGGCCCUUUGUUCUUUCCAAACUUCUUAUCAAUUCUCAAGAGGUAGCAGUGGGGAGGUGGGGGGUGGGGUUCAGGAUGGGGAACACAUGUACACCCAUGGUGGAUUCAUGUC